AUGCUGAGUGCCACCGUCAAGCUGUGCUGCGGCAUCGCCCACGACCACCUCCGUCGCCUGCCCGGCUUGAAGGUAACGGCCGUGGCGGCGAUACAGAAGGAUGUGAGAGGGCUGGUGGUAAGAGGAUCCCGUCGCCUGCCUUCCAAAAUUCCUCGUUAUAUUCAGAGGGUGAUGGGGAAGGAGUCAGCCGUGUGCCCAGAUCCUGACGGAGACAUCAGCCCCAGCCGAUUCUCCAGCAUGGACCUCUCCUACAUCACCCAGGGAGAAACAGCCUUGCAGCGAGCGCUGAGCAUCCUGCAGCAGCACACCAGCUGGCAGGCAGAAAUGAUGCUGGACGCCGGGACUGCUGUAUCCAGCGCUGCCUUCCCCGAGCUGGGCAAGGUGUUUCGGGCAGAGGUGGUCCUGGCCGUGCCGGUGGCCUGGCUGCACCGGGAGCUGUUUGAGAGGAUCGAGCAAAUGCCCCAGUGGAACCCGACCCUCAGCCGGGUGAAGGUGCUGCGGCGCGUGGGGACGGACACCCUGGUGACACACGAAGUCACCGCUCCCAGCCCGGGCAACUUAGUGGGCCAGCGGGAUUUUGUUAGCGUGCGGCACCGAGGGAGGAAGGAGACGGCCAUCUACCUGGUGGGCACCGCCACCCACCUCAAGCCGCUGCCCUUGCAGGAGGGGUGCAUCAGGGCCGAGUCCCGGCUGAGCUGCAUCCUCCUGCAGCCGCUGGCACCAGACCCCUUCACCUGGCUCCUCAGCAUGGACCUGAAGGCAAGUGCCACCGUCCCUGGGAUCAAAUUCGGGGUGUUUUCUCUCCCAAAGGGUUGGAUCCCUGUGUCCGUCAUUAACCGCAUCCUGCCGCAGUCCCAAGCAGACUUCAUCGAGCAUCUCCGCCGGCACCUCUCUGCCGCUGCGUGCCCCUGA